UGCAUAAAUUAUUCGAAUGGAUCAUCAAAACUCGCAAUCUUUUGUCUCUCAGUCACAUUUCUAUGUAUCAUUUCUCCAAGACAGCUUGAAAUCGAAAGACCCAUUUCCCAUAAAGUUAAUCCAUGGCCGUAUAAUCAAAUCAGGCAUCCAUUUAAGUGUUUUCCUUAUGAAUAAUCUCAUAAAUGGUUAUGCGAAAACCGGGUUUUUAUCGUAUGCUCGUAAAGUGUUUGAUGUAAUGCCUGUGAGAGAUACUUCUUCUUGGAAUACACUUUUAUCUGGUUAUUCAAAAGGGGGUUUAAUUAAUGAAGCACAUUCGAUAUUUAAGGAAAUGCCUUAUCGGGAUUCUGUUUCGUGGACUACUAUGAUUGCUGGAUACAAUUUCGUUGGUCGUUUUCAGGUUGCAAUUCAGAUGUUUCUUGAGAUGGUUAGUGUAUCUGAUGUUUUGCCGACACAGUACACGUUUACGAGUGUUUUUGCGUCAUGUGCUGAGAUUAGAGCGUUAAACGAGGGACGGAGAGUUCACUCCUUUGUUAUUAAAUUUGGGUUGAGUAGUUAUGUUUCAGUGGCGAAUUCUAUGUUGAAUAUGUAUGCUAAGUCAGGGGAUAGAAAUGCAGCUCAAAUGGUUUUUGAUGGGAUAGUAGUGAAGAACACGUCGAGCUGGAAUACGUUGAUCUCAUUGUAUAUGCAGACUGGUCAGAUGGAUUUAGCGUUGGUGCAAUUUGAGCAAAUGAAUGAGCAUGACAUAGUUUCGUGGAACUCAAUGGUUACGGGCUAUAAUCAGCGUGGCUUUGACGUUCUAGCUCUUAAUAUGUUUUCUAAAAUGCUUAAAGAAUCGUCGCUGGAACCUGACAGAUAUACUUUAGCCAGUGCUUUAUCAGCGUGUGCUAAUCUUGGGGAACUAAAUGUAGGAAAACAAAUACAUGCUUAUCUUGUCAGAACUGAAUUCAACACGUCAGGAGCUGUUGGAAAUUCUUUGAUUUGCAUGUAUUCCCGAAGUGGUGGCGUAGACAUUGCUCGAAGAAUUUUAGAGAAAAAUAGAGAGUCAAAUCUAAAUGUAAUUGCAUUUACAGCACUACUGGAUGGGUACAUAAAGCUUGGUGAUAUAAAUCCAGCAAGGAAGAUUUUUGACUCAUUGAAGGACCGUGAUGUAGUUGUUUGGACGGCGAUGAUUGUUGGUUAUGUUCAAAAUGGCUUUAAUGAUGAUGCAAUGGAACUCUUUAGGUUAAUGGUUAAAGAAGGGCCAGACCCGAAUAAUUAUACUCUAGCAGCAAUGUUAAGCGUUUGUUCAAGCGUGGCAUCGUUAAAUCAUGGUAAGCAAAUCCACUCAGCAGCCAUUAAGGCAGGGGAAGCAUUAUCAGUUUCUGUUAGCAAUGCCCUGAUAACUAUGUAUGCCAAGGCUGGAAAUAUCAGCUGCGCAAGGAGAGUAUUUGAUUUGAUACACCUGAACAGAGACACGGUCUCUUGGACUUCGAUGAUCUUGGCUUUAGCUCAGCAUGGACUUGGAGCUGAAGCCUUACAAUUGUUUGAGAAUAUGCUUGCACUUGGGAUGAAGCCUGAUCAUAUAACGUAUGUUGGUGUUCUUACUGCUUGCACACAUGUAGGAUUGAUUGCUCAAGGCCGUAGUUAUUACAAAAUGAUGAAAGAGAUUGAUGGAAUUGAACCGACAUCAAGCCAUUGUGCUUGCAUGAUUGACCUCUUUGGUCGUGCUGGAUUGCUAGAAGAAGCACAAGACUUCAUAGAAAAUAUGCCUAUAGAACCAGAUGUGAUCGCAUGGGGUUCGCUUUUAGCAUCUUGUAGAGUUCACAAAAAAAUGGAGCUAGCAAAAGUUGCAGCUGACAGAUUGCUUUCAAUUGAUCCCGAAAACAGUGGGGCCUACUCAGCACUUGCUAAUGUGUAUUCUGCUUGUGGAAAAUGGGCGGAAGCUGCUAAGAUCAGAAAAUCAAUGAAGGAUAAACAGGUGAAGAAAGAACAAGGAUUUAGCUGGAUUCAAAUAAAAAACGUAGUCCACGUCUUUGGUGUAGAGGACGGGCUUCAUCCGCAGAGAGAUGCUAUUUACAAGACAAUGGAAAAAAUCUGGAAAGAUAUCAAAAAGUUGGGAUUCAUUCCUGACACUGAGUCAGUGCUUCAUGAUCUUGAUUAUGAGGUGAAAGAGCAGAUUCUUAGACAUCAUAGUGAGAAGCUUGCAAUUGCAUUUGGGUUAAUAAAUACCCCGGAGAACACUACUUUAAGGAUCAUGAAGAACCUUCGAGUAUGUAAUGAUUGUCACUCAGCAAUCAAAUUUAUCUCCAAGCUCGUAGGGAGAGAAAUCAUUCUGAGGGAUGCCACUCGUUUUCACCAUUUCAAAGGAGGUUUCUGCUCAUGUCAUGACUAUUGGUAGGUCAUGAACCAAAUUUUAUCUAAAAUUC